AGAGUCAACAUUUUUUAAAAUUUAUAAUAUUUGUUUGGUCAUGAUUUUGAAUGAAAUCCUGUCGAAAACGCCGCAACUGGUAAAAUUCUGAUCAUGCUCCCCCAAGCUCUAGUAGCUUGACCAAAAAUCUGCCUUGACAAACGGAAUGUCGCUCGUAUUUGAAUGCAGCAAUAUUUGUUGUUGUGGCUGGAGUAUGUUGUGAUGUACAAAUGUCAUUCUGGGAGGUGAAUGAGUGAGAGCUACCUCAUUUAGUUGUGGCAUUGUGGCGCUCAGCAAUUUAUACUGUGCAAUAUCUUUCCUGUUCCGCGCUAUUUUUCAAUGCCGGGUGUUGAAGUCAAAUAUUAAUCAAAAUGGCAUUAAAUAAUGGAAUCAAAAAUUUCUCUUCCUUUUCAUUGUGCGAAACACCUUCAGUCCAAAGAGUGCCGAAAUAAAGUUCAGCUGUUCUAGUGGGCAGAUCAGACUUUUGCAACAACCCCCUGUUUUUGUCUCUAUUAUAGGCACGAUACACUGUAGUCUCUGUUGUAAUUACGGACCGUAUUUGUGGUCGUCCCUCAACCAGACGUCAUGCUCCACAUAGUUGUCAUAGGGUUAAGACAAAAUGUCUGUUUUGGCAUCAGAGGACCAAAAACGAAAGUCACCGUCAUUAUCUGUUCACAUGCGGAUAUUAAAGCCUUUAACUAUUGAGCCCAUUGUCAAACUCUGGUUAACCAAUUUUAUUUUAUUUUUUUUCCAUUAGAGUAGGCUAAGAUUGUUCUCUUCACUUCAACAUCCUUGGCACCAAAAUACCUCAAGAUGGCGCCAAAGCACUGCUUUAAAAUUAGAAAUGGCUUUGGCUUUUGCAAAAACAGUAAUUAACCAAGAACAGGUUAAAAAAAAGAAAAAAAAAAGAUGAUUUGAAUGAACAGUUGAGUAUUCUUCUGCGGGUGUUUAUUCACUGGAUCGUGUCCGAAAGGCUCACGUUACCAGAGAGAGGCGAGCGCCCGUGCGCCUGCCCCGAGUGUCGAGUUGCACGUCACGCAUUGAUUAUUCAGGACUAAGCAGGUGUCGCAGUCAAAGACGUGCCUCGUCGUCAUGGAGCCGUUGGCACCCGCGAGGACGGGCCCCUCGUCGCCACAGGCCCUGCCCCGAAGGUACCGCACGCACGCACACCCACACAAAAGGUAUCCCCACUCUCUGAUGAUCUCCACGACGUCCAGCACGGCCGACAUGGUGACGCAGGGUAAACUUGAGAUCAACUCCACGGACAUUGUUGAAGAUAAAACCUCAACCCGGCUGGGAUGCUUCGGCUGGAUUUUGGUGAUCAUAUCGCUCCUCUUCAUCGGGGUCACCUUCCCGCUUACAAUCUUUAUGUGUGUCAAGAUAGUGAAAGAGUACGAACGAGCCGUCAUCUUCAGGCUGGGUCGAAUCAUUGACAGGAAAGCCAAAGGCCCCGGGCUUUUUUUUGUUAUCCCCUGUACGGAUAACUUUGUGAAAGUCGACCUGAGGACCGUGUCCUUUGACAUCCCGCCUCAAGAGAUCCUGACGAAGGACUCUGUGACGGUGUGCGUGGACGGCGUGGUCUACUUUCGCAUCCAGUGUCCCAUCUCGUCGGUGGCCAACGUGAGCAACGCGCAUUCGUCCACACGCUUGCUGGCGCAGACCACCCUCAGGAACGUGCUGGGCACCAAGAACCUGGCCGAGCUGCUGUCCGACAGGGAGGGCAUCUCGCUCAGCAUGCAGGAAUCCUUGGACGAAGCCACGGACGCGUGGGGCAUCAAGGUGGAACGGGUGGAGAUCAAAGACGUCAAGUUACCGCAACAGCUGCAGAGAGCCAUGGCGGCCGAGGCGGAGGCCAGUCGGGAGGCCCGGGCCAAGAUCAUCGCCGCCGAGGGCGAGAUGAAGGCGUCGCGCGCCCUGAAGGAGGCCUCGCUGGUCAUCGCCGAGGCUCCGUCCGCCCUGCAGCUGCGCUACCUGCAGACGCUCAACAGCAUCGCCGCCGAGAAGAACUCCACCAUCGUCUUCCCGCUUCCCAUCGACCUGCUGCAGAGCUUCAUGACGAGGAAGUGAGGCACUUUGCCGUUUCAGGCAAUGUUAAAUGGGGGCCCUCGAUUGAGCACCAGGCGGGGGUUUCUUCUAAUUUCGAAAAACAAAUCGGCUCUUUAGGGGUCUUACUUAAAACGCCCGGAGUUUACGAGCCUGCGUAUCCUGAUACAAAUGUAAGCAUUCUCCUAAAUGACAACUUGGAAAGUUUUUUUUUUUUUUUAAAUAGCUACUCACAUCAGGUUCAUCUAAAAAGUCUCAAAGACCCAACCUCUGAAUUGAACAGGAAGUCAGCCAUUUUGGUUUGAAGGCACUGAAAAUUUUUUUUUUUUUUUUUUUUUUUUAAUAACCUUUGAUUGUGUCAUGGCCAAAUUGAAUUUUCACUCAUUAAAAGCACCCUGGAAAGUUUCGAGAU